AACGGUCGCCGCUUGAAACUCUCGUUAAAGAUUGCAAUCACCAUAACCUCCGAAGCAAAUUUUGUAGUUUGAUAUCGAAUUUGUAAAUAAUGGUGGAUGAAAAAAAUAAAAAGAAAGAGCCGAUUACUGUGAGAGAAUUGGGGGACCUGUCGGCCGAUUGCAUUUUCUCGGCAACUAAAUCUUCGAUUUUAAUUCUCCUUUUCGGGGGUGGAGCUAUUCAAAUAUCUCAACAUUUGUUGAAGCCGAUCUAUUACAUCAGGCCAGAAGUGAGAUUCCUUACUACAUCAUUGAGUAGCCUUUUUCUUGGCCUCUAUUCUGUUAAGUGGCUUAAAAACCGCUGUGAUAAAAAAAUCUCUGAUAUGUAUGAUACUGACAACCCGAUUAGAUAAACCAAGUCUGCUGGAUCAAAAAUGAGAUGUUGAAAGCAAUGUAUAUUGCAAGAAGUUUGUUGACUGGAAUGUCCAGGCCAUCACAAGGGACAAGAAGAAUCCUGAAUAAAGCAAGCAAUGUAGAUUUAACAAAACGUAGAUAUUCGCAGGAAUUUUUUCUCAGUGAUGAUGAGGAAUUUGAGGCAGAGAACCAAGAGUACAUGGAAAUGACUGGUGAAUAUUUUAACCCGGUGGCUGAAGGUCACAGAACUUUUAUAAUGCAGCCAUAUGUGAAAUGGGGUGAGAAGAAAAAAAGGAUCACGACCCCGGAGUUGCAAUUAGAGGAAGCUGAAGCGCUCGUCAAAACUUUGCCUAAUUGGAGUGUUGUGGAUAAAAUUUGUAUGCCGCUUCUGAGUUUGGAGAAAAAUAAACUCGUCGGCAAAGGCAACAUGGAGAAAUUGCAGUCUAUAUUUCACAGAAACAGAUUCAUUAACGCCCUGUUUGUCAGCAAGAAUAUUCUGCGGCCGGUGCAAGUGACCGAGCUCCAGGAUGCGCUGGGUGUACCUGUUUUCGAUCGGUACGCUAUAGUCAUGCAAAUUUUCCGAGACCACGCAAAAACCCCAGAGGCCAGGCUGCAAGUAGCUCUCGCUGAACUCCCUUAUGUUUGGAAAAAAAUUCAUUUCGUAAUGGAGGACAGCGGCGGUAAAAUCAAUUUGAUAGAGAGUCGUAAAAAAUUAUUACAUUCUCGUGAAACUAAGCUGCGCAAUGCUCUUAAAAAACUCAAAGAACACAGACAAUUGAUCCGAAAAAAUCGUUUGCAAAACAAAAUUCCCAGCAUCGCUGUUGUCGGCUAUACAAAUGCUGGUAAAACUAGCCUAAUAAAAGCUCUCACCGGUGACGAAAGUCUCGAACCAAAAAAUUAUUUGUUCGCAACUCUUGAUACGACAUCUCAUCAAGGAACUUUGCCCUGUCAUUUGAAAGUUCUUUACAUGGACACCAUCGGUUUUAUUCAGGAUGUUCCUGAGAGUCUCAUUGAACCCUUUAUCGCGACCUUUGAGGAUGCAAUGAUAGCGGACCUCAUCGUUCACGUAUUCGACGCUAGUCAUCCAGACAGAGAAGCCCAAAUACAACACGUUCAGCAAACUCUGGACAUGCUGGUGAAGGACGAAAGACCAAUUAUAAACGUAGCCAAUAAAUGCGAUAUCGCUGAUAAAGGAAGCAUACCCGACUCCGUGCUUGCUGUGUCUUCAAUCAAUUCUACAGGUAUCGAUUUACUGCGUAUCGAAAUCGAGAGGGAAUUAUUAGCAGUGACUGGGCGAAAUUGUAUGACGAUCCGGGUCAAGUCCGGAAGUUCUGAAUACGCGUGGUUGUACAAGGAAACAGUAGUAAAGAGCAUCGAGGCAGAUCCAAACGAUCCGGAAUAUAUGUUGAUGGAGGUUAUCGCGACGCCGCAUCAUCUUCACAAAUUUCGACAAUUUCUCAAACAAUAAAUCGUGAUCAUUAUA